AUGGGUGAUCCACACAGUCUCCUGUGCCUGCUCACCAGUGGCGAAGGAUGGAAUUUUGACGAAGCUUUAAAAAUUGAGGCACUCGGCAAACCAAACAAAGUUGGACUAACAACGCAACGCGCAAGCGAGGAUGUAGCUCCGUCCAGCCGGGCGCUCUGCUGGCGCCGCAGCCGAGAGCUCAACAGGAGCCUAGCCGGCGUCGCAGCCGGCGUCAAAGCCGGGCGUUCAGCCGGCGUUCAGCCGGGCGUUCAGCCGACGUCCCAGCCGGCAUCGCAGCCGGGCGUUCAGCUGGCAUCGCAGCCGGGCGUUCAGCCCGGAGUUCAGCCGGUGUCCCAGCCGGCGUCACAGCCGAGUGUUCAAACAGCAUCGCAGCCGGGCGCCCAGCCAAAGUUGCAGCCGGUUAAUCAAAAGAAAUGCAACUACGAGCCAGACAGCCAUAGCGAAGAACGACGCGGCAAGUGUUAA